GGGGGGGAAUUCAGCCGAGAAGCAUAUUGGUGAUGAAGGGAAGACGUGCAUGGUUCUAAAGCCCAGAGUCGGAGCAGCAUUCCCAGAUCGCUUUCCCUGCUCGACAGCUGCGCGCAAAGCCAGUGGAGAAAGAGGAGAGCCACUCGCUUCACCGGAACGGACCUACUAGCCUCCGAAGAGCUGGAACCUUGCACGUCUGAAACGACUGAUUUAGCUAGGGGGACGUGGCUCAAGAAGAGGAAGAGGAAAAGGAAGAAGAACACGGAAAAUACGCCUGGGGAAAUAACUGAAGGAGCAGCUUCCCCCGUCCUCCUUCUCCUCCUCCCACCUCCCCCUCCCUCAGAAAAACCCACAACACGGAGAAAAAUAGGUGUCAGCUGAUUAAUGUUACAGUUCUGGAGACCAAAGUGAACUGUAAAGAAAUAAAGCCUCACGUGAAACAGGCGAGUGCAUGGCGUGGGUAAGGCCGGUGCAGCCGGGGACGUCCACCUUCCUCUGGUUGAUCCUGCUUACUGCUGGAGUAAUAUUUUUAAAUGUUGAAGCUGGAUCCACAGAAGCUCCUUCUUUGGGAAGCCAAAAUGCAUCUUGCGGUGGAGAUUAUGAGUGCAAGGAAGGCAUCAUCUUGCCAAUCUGGUACCCAGAGGACCCUUCUUUGGGUGAUAAGAUAGCCCGGGUCAUUGUCUACUUUGUUGCUAUGAUUUAUAUGUUUCUGGGUGUCUCGAUCAUUGCUGAUCGAUUUAUGGCUGCAAUUGAGGUCAUCACCUCGCAAGAAAGGGAAAUCAUUAUCAAGCGGCCGAAUGGAGAAACUUCCACAACUACAAUUCGUGUGUGGAAUGAGACUGUUUCAAAUUUAACCCUCAUGGCCCUGGGGUCUUCAGCUCCUGAAAUAAUGUUGUCAGUGAUUGAAAUCUGCGGCCAUGGUUUCAAGGCCGGAGAUCUUGGACCAUCCACAAUUGUAGGGAGUGCUGCCUUCAACAUGUUUGUCAUCAUAGCCAUUUGUGUUUCAGUUAUCCCCGAAGGAGAAACUCGCAAAAUCAAACAUUUGCGUGUAUUUUUUAUAACUGCUGCCUGGAGCAUCUUUGCUUACAUUUGGCUCUACAUGAUACUGGCUGUGUUUUCUCCCAAUGUCGUACAGAUAUGGGAAGGCCUCCUCACUUUAGCAUUUUUCCCCAUUUGUGUCAUUUUGGCAUGGGUGGCUGACCGCCGCCUGCUCUUUUACAAGUUCAUGCACAAAAAGUACCGGACUGACAAGCAUCGGGGGGUUAUCAUUGAGACAGAAGGGGAUAGGCCCAAAGGGAUAGAGAUGGAUGGGAAGUUGGUCAAUUCCCAUUUCCUGGAUGGUGGCGCAGGGAAUCUCAUAGGUCUUAUGGAUGGAAAAGAGGUAGACGAGUCUCGACGGGAUAUGAUACGCAUCUUGAAAGAUCUAAAGCAGAGACACCCAGAGAAAGAGCUGGAUCAACUAGUGGAAAUGGCCAACUAUUAUGCUCUCUCUCAUCAGCAAAAGAGCAGAGCCUUUUAUCGAAUCCAGGCCACUCGGAUGAUGACUGGAGCAGGCAACAUCCUAAAGAAACAUGCUGCAGAGCAAGCAAAGAAGAGUAAUAGUGUGCAAGAGGUGAGGAUUGAUGAGCCAGAGGAAUUUGUGUCUAAGAUCUGUUUUGAACCAUUUUCAUACCAAUGCCUAGAAAAUUGUGGGGCAGCGGUGUUGACUAUUGUACGAAAGGGAGGCGAUGUUUCAAACACGCUUUACGUGGAUUACAAAACAGAGGAUGGUUCAGCCAAUGCAGGGGCUGAUUAUGAGUUUACAGAGGGCACAGUUGUAUUUAAGCCAGGUGAGACACAGAAAGAAAUCAGCAUUGGGAUCAUUGAUGAUGACAUCUUUGAGGAAGAUGAGCACUUCUUUGUACGGCUCAGCAAUGUGCGGGUGAUGGAGACAGACGAAUUGCUAUCAGCUAACAACCUGCCUUACCCUAAGGCCAUUUUGGGCGUUCCCUCAGUUGCUACAGUAACCAUCCUAGAUGAUGACCAUGCUGGCAUCUUUACCUUUGAAAGUGACAUUGUGCAUGUGAGUGAGAGCAUUGGCGUGAUGGAGGUCAAAGUAUUGAGGACCUCUGGAGCAAGAGGCACUGUCAUUGUCCCAUACCGCACAGUGGAAGGCUUAGCUAAAGGAGGUGGAGAGGAUUUUGAGGAUACUUAUGGCGAGCUGGAAUUCAGAAAUGAUGAGACCUGCAAAACAAUUCAGGUGAAAGUUGUUGAUGAUGAGGAGUAUGAAAAGAACAAGAACUUCUUCAUCGAGCUGGCUGAACCCCGAAUGGUGGACAUGAGUUUGCAAAAAGGAAGACCAUUAUGGUUAAAAUAAUAGAUGCAGAAGAGUACGAAAAACGAGAAAAUUUCUUCAUUGUGCUUGGUGAACCAACAUGGCUGAGACGAGGAAUAUCAGGUCUGAGGGGGCG